AACCGUGCGCUCUCGGGCACAGAAACAGCUCCUUCUGUGCCGGUCCCGCGGUCGCUCACACACGCCUUUCCAAAUUCAGCAGCGCGACAGACUCAGCUACCGGUGACGCUCUUCGCAUAACUGCACACCCACCCACGGCCUCACCCACACGUGACACCAGUCUCUCCGCACGGCUUCGUCCCCCCCUUUACUGGAAGGGCCGGCACCUGCUCGUGGCGGUGGGGACCGCCGGCGCCUACCGUCCUCGGUCCUAGAAAGACGCUUUCCACCUUCCCUGAGGCAGGACCGGGGCAGUCUGCCUGUUUGGGUUUUAAGUUUUCAAUUUUACCUAAAUCCACGUCAGUUAACGUACGGCAUAACAGUGGUUUCGGGAGAACCCGGUGAUUCACCCCUACGUACAACACCCGGUGCUCAUCCCAAAGGCGCCCUCCGCAACGCCCCUCACCCGUCCAGCCCAUCCCCCCACCCCCCACCCCGCCAGCAGCCCCCAGCGUGUUCUCUGUAUUUAAGAGUCUCUUACGGUGUAACGAUCUCCCUUUAAACAGAUUAGUUCCCUUUUGUGUCUAGGGCGGUAGGAGUUACUAUCACGAAUAGUUGUUGAAUUUCACCAAAUGUGUUUUCUGCAGCAAAUACGAUGAUCGUACGAUUUUUCCCUCCGCUCUCAACGUGAAAUGCGUUGAUUCCCGAUGGCUGAACCAAGCUAGCGGGGUUAAACUCACUAGGCCUCAAUACACCGUAAUUUUCCUAUACUGCUGGGUUCAUCUUACGUGUAUUUGGGGCCCCUGAACUUUUAUGCGUGUGACCUGUGAUUUUUCCUUUCUCGUCAUUGUCCUCGUCAGGCUUUGACAUUGAGGUGUCACACUGUGAGGGGAGCAGGCCACGGGGAUGUGAGGAUGGGUGUGGGGAGAGAGCACAGAGUCCGGGCCUUGCUGGGGGUGUGGGCGCCUGGCAGGAGGGAGGGGGGUGAGGGCGCUCACGGGAGCACGCGCAAGGAGUCCGGCGGCCCACAAGUGGGCGGCACUCCGGGGCUCAGAGAACCUGAGUGUCCCCAGCCCAUGGGGACACGGCCACCCGCUCGUGCACUGGGCCUGCUCUGCUCCCGCGGGCCCUGGGGGUCCCUGAGGACGAAUUCAGAAUUCAGCCGAGCUCAGGUCACCCCGCAGGGGGAGGCUCAGGACAGGACUGCGGUGGAGACGGGGUUCCUCUGACUCCCGCCCGCUGCCCCUACCCCACUCCCGUUACCCCGGGACUUAGGCCUCCCCUUGCUCUGCCCAAAUGGGCCGAUCCAGGAGAGGUACUGGCAGCCCAGGCCGUCUCACAGCACGGCGAGGUCCGGCCCCGGGCGCAAGCUUCCUCAGACCCCCUGCCAAGUGCCCGGACACCGUAAGCAAGCCGCUCCGAUGCAUGGGAGGCUGUCGGAGGAGACCUCCCGGCCACCCGGGGCCGUGCGUCAGCCUCGAUGGCCGGAGGUCCGGCGCUCAGCGGGAACGCACGGAUCCUGGAAGCGGCCCAGGCGGGCCCUGUUGUUCUGGAAACGGCAGGACUGCCAGCACCGAGGGGGCAGAGCCUGGCGGCCAAGUGGCAUUGUUGGCGGUGGCCGUGACAAAUAGAGGGUCAUUGUGGGGAGCGGGAGGGAGCCUGUGACGGCCCACCACGUGGCCCGGAACCCUCUCCCGGGAGGGGACAAAAGGGCCACGGCCACAGGCUCCGGACACCUCUCUUCCGUCGGCUACUCCCGCCUCACCAUGAACGUCCUGAGGCUGGCACUCGUGCUCACCCUGCUCGGUGGCCCCCAGGCCCUGCACAUGGGCCCCCAGGACCCCAACUUCACUGAGAAUCUGGUAGCCAGUGCAGGCAUCAGGAGUCGGGGGGUCAAUGGCAAUUGGUUCUCGAUAGCACGAGCAUCCAAUGAACCGAAACUCCUAAGGACGGACUCAGACACGAUGUUCUUCAUCCACAAGACCCACGUGACCUUCAAGGCCAUGCAGUUCCACGUCCACAGAAGGGUAAAGGGUAGGUGUAUCCCAAUUGUACUGAUGGCAAGUAAGACGAGAAGGAAGUUUCAGUACGUGCUGAAACAUGCUGUCUUCAUGGAGAAGGCGGAUCCCCACCGCUUUGUCACCUUCUGUGUCCACAACAGGAGGCACAGGAAGAAGACGGUGAUGGUGGACCUCCUCACAUCAAGAACGGAAAGGAAAGUCUUGAGCGACCCCAUCCUUGCAUCCACUCCUGCCUACAAGCAGAGAGACCCUGCAGUGGCCGGUGGCCCCCACGCUGUACCUGAGGCCACCAGGGCCACUGCCUGUACCACCGGGGACACGGUGUCCCACAAGAGCAGGCAGGACCCCCACCGCGGGCUGGGACAUCCUGCACACGUUCAAGAGUUACUGCCGGAGCCACGGGACCGGCCUGACCGACAUCAUCAGCCUGACCCAGACCGACCGCUGCCUGCUCGCCCGACCGUAGAGAGGGUGCUGGGCCCGGGUGAGUGAGCUCUGACCCUGCAGGGGCUGCGGUGUGGGGGCCCCUCGCGGCCGGGUGACACGGCAAGUGCUGCUCCACGGGCACCGACCACCUACCAUGCCAGCGGCAGGGUGUGGCUAUGGGCUGGCAGCUCGGGGAGACUCCAGCCGCCAGGGCCACGGCCAGGACCCGGAGCAGGGAUGCCCACGGGGUCCCCUGAAGACUGUGGGGGCAGUGCCGGCCUGGGGAUGCCCACAGAGUCCCCCAAAGGCUGUGGGGGCCUGGGGCGCUGGGGGGCCUGCUGCGAGGCUCGGGGCCAGUCUGCAGAAGGAGACCGGGGGACAGGAUCUGCCCCAUCGGUCCCCCACCCCCCCAGACCCACGCCGCCCCUCUUGCUCACAUGAGCGUCUCCCACACCGGUACCAUCCCGUCGAAGGACUAGAAGUUCACAGUCCACCGGAGGAGCCCUUCCACCGCUCCCCUCCCCCAGGCCCCCGUUCCUGGAGACCUUUCCUGGCGUGCCCAAUAAACACCUGCCCCCUGACUGAGUGUGCUCUGUGGGGGUGCUCUGGCUGGUGGCCACAGGGGGCCAGGGCUGCCGGGGGCAGAGAGGUGGGGACCCUCACGUCCACACAGUGGGGGGAGGCCGCUAGGGGUUCCCCAGGGUGCCAGGAUGACGGCACAGGAUGCCGGGAGGCGACGGGGCCAGACUCCGUGGCCACGUCGUGGGGCCAGACUCCGUGGCCACGUCGUGGGGUCGGGAGCAAGUCUCACGGGGGCAGAGGCAGCCAGUAGACACAACCUAGGUCGAUCCCUUGCUUCCAAGCGGACCCAGCUUAGAGACCCCUUCUGGCCACAUGCUUGUGUCUCUGUUAAAUGACGGUGGCCGAGACCCCGGGCGCAGCACGGACAGUCACUAACCGC